AAGCGUAGUUUUUUUGAAAUAAAUUUUAGAUAGGUAACUUAGCAGCACAAAGUUGUUUUACACUAUAUUAGUUUAACAUAUAUUUGAAGUUAAAAAAAAAAAAAAUUCAAAAAUGGCUUUUGAUAUCAUUAAUUUGAUUGUCAUUGGAUUCUUUAUACAAGAAAUCUACUCGCAGUGUGAUGAUUCGACACUAAACAUUAAAAAUGCAUAUAUUACAUACAAUUCAGAGAAUACACUAGCGCUAGUAGAAUGCUAUUCAGAUUAUACUAUUCAAGGAUCUGAUAGUAUUCGCUGUAUUUUUGACACUUGGCUUUAUGCAUUUAACACAACAUGUAUUCAUAAUAAUUGUUUAAAUUUAAAUAAUUCUAUUUAUUACACUAUGGAAAAUGGAAAAGUAUUAUCAACUUAUUCAAAUGGUAAAGCAUAUUUGAAAUAUGAAUGCAAUGAAAAUUACACACUAACGGAUAGUUUACGUGAUUAUGCAUUUUGUGAAAAUGGAAUAUGGAAAUCAUAUGAAACGAAAUGUGAAUUAAAUGUUGAAGAAUAUAAACGUCGAAAAGCAUAUAAAACAAUACAAAAGCUAGAAUCUUUUAAGUAUGUUCUAAAAUUCUAUCAUUUAAAAAUUAAAACUAUUGAAAAUAACACUAUAAGCGUAGAGUGUGAUGAUAAUUAUACCCUCAUAAAAAGUACAACUUUUCAAUAUAUUGAUGAAGAAUGGGGCAGGGAAGGUGGUUUUUCUUUAUGUUAUCAUAAUAAUUGUUUAAAUAAUUCUUUGUAUAACACUGUUGAAAAUGGAAUAGUAACAGCCAAUAAAUAUGGUGGACUUAUAAUUCUUAAUUAUGAAUGCAAUGAAAAUUACAAACUAAGUUCUUUUCCUUUGAUAAUGUGUUCUGAUGGAAAUUGGUCAGGUAAUCCUAAUAAAUGUAUAUUAGAAUAAAUAAUUUUGUUCUAUAUAAUAUAUAAAUAUAUAUAUAUAGAAAAAUUUUCUAAUAUGCAAUAUCAAAUUGUCUCAGAUAGAUGAUUACUUUUUCGUUUUUUCUUUUCAAGUAUAUGCUAAAUAUUGAUAAAAACAAAUAAAAAUUUACUUUCUUUUAUCAACGUAUAUCAAAUGCAUUGAUAUUGUUUAAAACAAUUAUCAUAUUUCAAAUAAUAAUAUAAUUGUAUAAAUAAUUUUUCGCAUUUAAAUGUGUGUAUAAAUAAAUAAAUUAUGUAAAAACAAAUUAAA